AUGUGUUCCAACAUUAGACGUUUGCUUCCGAGAUUACAUCACGAAAUAUUCAAACCAAGCACGAGAUCGUUUCACGAUGAGUUUUCAUCAAAGGUACCACUGCAGGAGGCUAGUAAACAAAAACAUGAAAACCAGGUCGUACCAAAUGCUCGCUCGAUUGCCGCUAAAUAUCAGAUUUUCAAAGACACCGAUGCGCCAAUUAUUCUGGACGUUGAUGAAGAAAGAACGCUUCACGAGGCGGGAUUGCAACAACCGCAAAAGAUCCAGGACUUACCAGACAUGUACUCUGACAUCGAUCUGACGCGGGGCAAAACCGGUGUUUAUGAAAUAAACGAAUUGGUAACAGUUCUGCGACUUCAAAGUGCGAUCAACAUUUUUGUAUGUAGUGUACCUAAAGAAAUCAAAUAUGUGGACUACAUGUGCAUCGUUUCGGGUCGCAGUGUAAGACAUAUGCGUGGAAUUGCAGAGUUUGUUAGGAAAGUUUACAAAAUGAAACGUCUACCUACCGAUAUCAUACCAAAGAUUGAAGGAGAAACAAGCAGCGAUUGGAUGGCUCUUGAUUUAGGAAAUAUUGCUCUGCACAUUUUUUCUGCCAAAGCCAGAGAACAGUAUGAUUUAGAGUCGCUCUGGAGCGUGGGCUCGGAGUUUGAUCGAGAGUACAACAAACCGAGUGGAGAAAUCGUACAAUUAUAUGAAAAAUAUACCGUUUACUUGAACGAUUUGAAACCAGUGAAAAAAGAAAGUGUAACUGUGCAACCUAGCGCAUGA